ACAGGACGCAGGAAACAGGCGCUGACCUUUGACCCCGCCGCGGCCAGUCCCCGCCCCUCUGCAGAGAAAACGGGAGCUCCAUUCAAACACAGCGAACUGCGCGGCCCGGGAUGCGACAGUCGCUGUAGAAGAGACCGGCGGCCGCAGCAGCAGAAGAAGCAACCGAACUCACCUUUACCUGCAGAAAUCGCGCACUACCAGAAGCGGGCACGCGGGACUCCACGUCUUUAUAGCGCAGUCAGCUAGCAGGAGGCUAACGGCUAACAGCACCGCCAUGGCGAGCGCCUCGUACCACAUCUCCAACCUGCUGGAGAAAAUGACCUCCAGCGACAAAGAUUUCAGGUUCAUGGCGACCAACGACCUGAUGACGGAGCUGCAGAAGGAUUCCAUCAAACUGGACGACGACAGCGAGAGGAAGGUGGUGCGGAUGAUCCUCAAGCUGCUGGAAGACAAAAACGGCGAGGUUCAGAACUUAGCUGUGAAAUGCCUGGGCCCGCUGGUCAGCAAGGUGAAGGAGUACCAGGUGGAGACCAUCGUGGACACGCUGUGCACCAACAUGCUGUCGGACAAAGAGCAGCUGCGAGACAUUUCUUCCAUCGGACUCAAAACUGUGAUUGGAGAGUUGCCGCCAGCCUCCAGCGGUUCCGCUCUGGCCGCCAGCGUCUGCAAGAAGAUAACGGGUCGGCUGACGAGCGCCAUCGCCAAGCAGGAAGACGUGUCCGUGCAGCUGGAGGCGCUGGACAUCAUGGCCGACAUGCUCUGCAGGCAGGGCGGCCUCCUGGUCAACUUCCACCCCUCCAUCCUCAGCUGCCUCCUCCCACAGCUCACCUCCCCCAGGCUGGCGGUCAGAAAGAGGACCAUCAUGGCUCUGGGUCACCUGGUCAUGUCCUGCGGGAACCUGGUCUUCAUCGACCUGAUCGAGCACCUCCUGACCGAGCUGGGCCGGAACGACAACAUGUCCACCACCCGGACGUACAUCCAGUGCACGGCGGCCAUCAGCAGGCAGGCGGGCCACAGAAUCGGAGAGUACCUGGAGAAGAUCAUCCCGCUGGUGGUGAAGUUCUGCAACGUGGACGACGACGAGCUCAGGGAGUACUGCAUCCAGGCCUUCGAGUCCUUCGUCAGAAGGUGUCCAAAGGAAGUUUACCCCCACGUUCCCACCAUCAUCUCCAUCUGCCUCCGGUACCUGACCUAUGACCCCAAUUACAACUUUGAUGACGAAGACGAGGACGACAACGCCAUGGACGCCGAGCAGAACGACGAGGACUAUCAAGGUAGCGACGAUGAGUACAGUGACGACGACGACAUGAGCUGGAAAGUUCGGCGGGCGGCCGCCAAGUGUCUGGACGCCGUGGUGUCGACGCGCCACGAGAUGCUGCCAGAGUUCUACCGCUCCGUCUCACCGGCGCUUGUGUCCCGAUUCAAGGAGAGAGAGGAGAAUGUGAAGGCCGACGUCUUCCACGCGUACCUGUCGCUGCUCAAACAGACGAGACCAGCGCAGAGCUGGCUGACUGACCCGGACGCCAUGGAGCAGGGCGAGACGCCGCUGACCAUGUUGCAGAGCCAGGUCCCCAUGAUCGUCAAAGCGCUCCACAAGCAGCUGAAGGAGAAGAGCGUGAAAACCCGCCAGUGCUGCUUCAACAUGCUGACCGAGCUGGUCAACGUUCUUCCAGGGGCGCUGACUCAGCACAUUCCUGUUUUGAUACCAGGAAUCAUCUUCUCCCUAAACGAUAAGGCGAGCAGCUCCAACCUGAAGAUCGACGCCUUGGCCUGCCUUCACGUCAUCAUGGUCACGCACCCCGCUCACGCCUUCCACGCCCAUGUGCCCGCCCUCGUCCCGCCCGUGGUGGCGUGCGUGGGAGACCCCUUUUACAAGAUCACCUCUGAGGCGCUGCUCGUCACCCAGCAGCUCAUCAAGGUGAUCCGGCCUCUGGAUAACCAAUCGGAGGGCUCCGACAGCUUUGACCCCUCCCCUUACAUUAAUGACCUGUUCACCUGCACAAUCAAGCGGCUGAAGGCUGCGGACAUCGACCAGGAGGUUAAAGAACGAGCCAUUUCCUGUAUGGGACAGAUCAUUUGUAACCUAGGAGACCGUCUGCCUGCAGAACUCCCAGGAACGCUGUUGAUCUUCCUGGAGCGUUUGAAAAACGAGAUCACACGACUGACCACUGUGAAAGCUCUGACGAUGAUCGCCGGCUCUCCUCUGAAGAUCGACCUGCGGCCCAUCCUCCCCGACGCCAUCCCCAUCCUCGCCUCCUUCCUCCGUAAGAACCAGCGGGCGCUGAAGCUGUGCACGCUGGCCGCGCUGGACAUCCUGCUCCGGAACUACAGCUCCGCGGUAACCCCCGUCAUGGUGGACGCCGUCUUGGCCGAGCUGCCGCCGCUGAUCUCAGAGAGCGACAUGCACGUGUCUCAGAUGGCGCUCAGCUUCCUGUCCACGCUGGCGGUCACCCACCCGUCCUCGCUGGGUCAGCUGACUGGCGGCAACAUCCUGCAGCAGCUCAUAGCGCUGGUGCGGUCGCCGCUGCUGCAGGGCGGCGCCCUCGCCGCCAUGCUGGACUUCUACCAGGCGCUGGUGGCCACCAACACACCUGGUCUGGGCUACAUGGACCUGCUGCGGAUGCUGACCGGGCCCGUCUACUCGCAGAGCGCCUCUCUGCCGCACAAACAGGCGUACUGCUCCAUCGCCAAAUGCGUGGCGGCGCUGACCCGAGCUUGUCCUGCCGAGGGCCCCGCCGUGGUGGGACAGUUCAUCCAGGACGUGAAGAACAGCCGCUCCACGGACUCCAUCCGGCUGCUGGCGCUGCUGUCGCUGGGCGAGGUGGGACACCACGUGGACCUGAGCGGCCAGCCCGAGCUGAAGACCGUCAUCCUGGACGCCUUCUCCUCCUCCAGCGAAGAGGUGAAGUCGGCGGCGUCGUACGCUCUGGGCAGCAUCGCUGUGGGGAACCUCCCGGAGUACCUGCCCUUCGUCCUGCAGGAGAUCUCCUCCUCCAAGAGGCAGUACCUGCUGCUGCACUCGCUCAAAGAGAUCAUCAGCUCGGCGUCCGUGUCUGGCCUGAAGCCGUACGUGGAGUCCGUCUGGUCUCUGCUGCUCAAACACUGCGAGUGUCAGGAGGAGGGAACCAGGAACGUGGUGGCCGAGUGUUUGGGGAAGCUGACGCUGAUCGACCCCGAGACGCUGCUGCCCCGCCUCAAAGGAUACCUGCUGUCAGGUUCCUCGUACGCCAGGAGCUCCGUGGUCACGGCGGUGAAAUUCACCAUCUCGGACCAACCGCAGCCCAUCGACCCGCUGCUGAAGAACUGCAUCGGUGACUUCCUGAAGACGCUGGAGGACCCGGACCUGAACGUGCGGCGCGUUGCCUUGGUAACCUUUAACUCUGCUGCCCACAACAAACCCAGUCUGAUCCGGGAGCUGCUGGACUCCAUUCUGACCCAGCUGUACAACGAGACCAAAGUGAGGAAGGAGCUGAUCCGAGAGGUGGAGAUGGGACCCUUCAAGCACACGGUGGACGACGGGCUGGACCUGAGGAAAGCGGCGUUCGAGUGCAUGUACACCCUGCUGGACAGCUGUCUGGACCGACUGGACAUCUUCACCUUCCUGAACCACGUGGAGGACGGCCUGAAGGACCACUACGACAUCAAGAUGCUGACGUUCCUGAUGCUGGCCCGGCUGUCCUCGCUGUGUCCCAGUGCGGUCCUGCAGAGACUGGACAGACUGGUGGAGCCGCUGAGGGCCACCUGCACCACCAAGGUGAAGGCCAACUCGGUCAAACAGGAGUUCGAGAAGCAGGACGAGCUGAAGCGGUCGGCGAUGCGCGCCGUGGUGGCGCUGCUCACCAUCCCCGAGGCCGAGAAGUCGCCGCUCAUGUCCGAAUUCCAGUCCCAGAUCUCCUCCAAUCAGGAGCUGGCGGCCAUCUUUGAUUCCAUCCAGAGAGACUCCACCUCCGCCAACAUGGAGUCGAUGGACACCAGCUAAAGACCCGGACAGUUCCCACAAUGCAACACGGCACCACCUCGCUGCUGGAGCGCCAACCCUGCAGCAUGUUUCCAUGACGACAGACACACACACACACACACACACAGUCGUAGUGACACACCUCCCCGUGAUCGAUCGUACCAUGAUGCAUUGCACUGAAGUCAGCUGGAGGACGGCUCUAACGCAGGACGGAGAUUUACGAUAGGCUCCUCCCACUUGCUGUUUGUUUUCUAUCAAGAUCUCCUUGCUGUGUUUAAUUUCCCCCUUUUCAAAAUUCCAGAACGUUCAACAGGUUCUCCAACCUGAUUGGCUGCUGCUGAGUGACUAAUGGCGUGUUGUUAAAACUGACCAAGGAGGCGGGAACAGCCUUCCCUUCCGACAGCCGAGGUGACCAAUGGGAGAGGGGCUUGCUCUUAAUGUUUUGGUAGUUUUUUUUCUUUUUUUGCAAAUGAAUAAGCAGCCAAUGACGAGCUCUGGCAGACGGCGGAGGGGCGGGGCUUUUAGUGUUUGUGGACCAUCCCUUCAACUUUUUCACUCCCGCGGAAGAAGGAGAGAUUAUUGGACCAGGACCCACCUCAGCAGACCCGGUGGUCGGUGCCGCCGUUACCAUGGCAACGGCGUGGAAGUUUCGUUUUGUUUCUUUUCUUUUUUUUUUUUUUGUUUUUUUUUGUUGAUCGUUCGUCAGACGAUUACAGCUCCCUCGAACCGGUUCAGGCCGGUUGGUUUUACGGCGUCCGGAUCCAGGCCCGGUCCAAACAGACCUCCUGGAUCCGGUUUGGACCCGUCUGGUCCGGACGGUUCACUGUUGGUUUUGUUGCUGGAGGAAAAUAAAAAGGUCCAUUUCUGCCUGCCUUCCGA